CCCCGCCCUCGAUGUGUGAGCUGAGAACGUUUCCGCCACGCGUAAGAUGGCGGUGACAGGUUUCCGCGCCUUACUGGGUUGGUAGUUCUGGGGGUGUGUCCGGGCCGGGCCCCUCAGCAUGGCACCAAUAUACCGGACUUUACACGUGGUGCUUCGCCUGCUUCCCUCUUCACCUGGCCCGAGUCGUUCCAGAAGCCUCAGUACCCAGGCUGCCCCGGCUGUCAGGAUGGAGUAUCAGGACGCUAUCCGCACCCUGAACACCCUGCAGACAAACGCCAAUUACCUGGACCAGGUCAAGAGGCAGCGUUAUGAUCCGGCAGAGCAGCUUCAGAUGAUGCGCCAGUUCCUGGAGAGGAGCGGCUUGCAGGUGGAAGACUUGGACAAGCUGAAUAUUAUACAUGUGACUGGAACCAAGGGCAAGGGGUCCACGUGUGCUUUCGUGGAGCAGAUUUUGCGCAACUAUGGCCUGAAGACUGGAUUCUACAGCUCCCCACACUUGGUGCAAGUGAGAGAGAGGAUCCGGAUCAAUGGGCAGCCCAUCAGCAAAGAGCUUUUCAGCAAAUACUUCUGGCAGGUGUACAAUCGAUUCGAAGAAACCAAUGAUGAAGAGAACCCCUCCAUGCCACCUUACUUCCGCUUCCUCACUAUCAUGGCUUUCCACAUCUUCCUUGAACAGAAGGUAGACCUUGCUGUGCUGGAAGUUGGCAUUGGAGGAGCAUACGACUGUACCAAUAUCAUCAGGAACCCCUUAGUUUGUGGUGUCUCUUCCCUGGAUAUCGACCAUACAAGCAUCCUGGGAGACACCAUUGAGAAAAUUGCGUGGCAGAAAGGGGGGAUAUUUAAGUCAGGUGUUCCUGCUUUCACAGUCUCCCAACCAGCAGGCCCACUGGAGGUGCUGAGAAAACGAGCAGAGGAGAUUGAGUGCCCGCUCUACAUGUGCCCUGACCUUGCAGAGUAUGAGGAUGAUGGCAUUAGCCUACAGCUGGGUCUGGCAGGGGAUCAUCAGAAACUCAAUGCAGCAUUGGCAUUACAGCUGGCACAGACGUGGCUUCAGCACCAAGGCUAUCCAGGUGUUGGAGAACAGAAGAGUCCAAGCCGCCACCUUCCUCCAAUGAAAUGGCCCUUCCCUCUGGCAUCUGCCUUCCGUCCCAGCAUCCCUAUGGUUCAAGGGCUGCAGGACACCAUUUGGCUGGGAAGGACACAGAUCUUCAAACGGGGCCCAAUUUCCUACUACAUAGAUGGAGCCCACACCAGCAGCAGCAUAAAGGCCUGUGUCAGGUGGUUCCGGGAAGUGGCACUAAAGGAAGAAAAGGCUGGAGGGGGGUCUGUGGUCCGCGUUCUGCUGUUUAAUGCCACAGGAGAGAGGGACACGGCUGCCUUGCUGAAGCAUCUUCAGCCCUGCCAUUUUGAUUAUGCCAUGUUCUGCCCAAACAUCAGUGAAGUGUCAGGAGUGGGAAUGGCAGAUCAGCAGAAUUUUAAUGUGACCCUGGAGAACGUCCUGACUCGAUGCCUAGAAAACCAAAAGACGUGGAAUCAGCUGAACGAAGAACGCAGCUGUUCUGCCCCGUGGGGUUCUUCCUUGCCCGUAGAUGCCCUCAUUAAAGACAGCCCACGCGGCUCUCCUCUGCUUCUCGCCCCUUCCUCCGAGCGCUUUCUGAACUGCAAUUCCUUGGUCUUCCCUUGCAUCUCUCAUGCCCUGCAGUGGGCAACUCAAGGAAGAGACAUGGAGUUCCCAUGCCUGGACAUUAACCUUCUCCACCACCACCCUGUGGCCAGUUCUGGCUCGGUACUUUUGAGAGAAGCGGCUCGCAUCCAAGUUCUUGUUACUGGGAGCUUGCACCUUGUAGGGGGAGCCCUGAAAUUGCUCGACCAAUCUCUGUCCCAGUAGUGCCAUGCAGAUAGUGGUCACCCACGUCAGGUUCAUAAAUCACUUUUACUUGAACAGGAUUUCUUCCCACUGCUUGUUAACUCCUUAGUUACCAGAGACCUCUGUGAUGCAUUUUUAGCAUCUAAUCUGUCAUUAUCUUUUCUGAAAUGAUUCAACAUCUGUGGUGCUACAGCCCCCCUUGUGUAGCUGUAAAUGACUCUUCCCCUAACCCUGCUGUUUCCCAACAAUCCUGCUGCGGUUGCCUUGCUGUACAACAGUGAGGGAUGUCUGGGUACUACCAUGUUUGUUUUGUUUAUUGUUUUACAUACUGCCCAAAAUAUUUAUUAACACUA